ACUAGGAACGCCACCCGGCACGGCUCACCAACCUCAACGACGGCCAUUGAAUAGCCGCAUCUGCAACUAGAAAACAACUCUCGUGUAAUGACUUAUUGCGCGACAACGAAGCAAACAUGAGUCAAUGCGGGAGGAGCAUAUCGCGUCAGCUCUGCCAGCACUGCCAGCGGCCGCUUAGGAGCGUGCCUCGCCAGUGGUACUCAACGUCAACUGGUGCAAAGACAUCUGGCUCACAUUCGGCCAGUACACAUGCGAAAGAGGACCCUAAAGCCUCCGAAAAAGACCAAUCUACGAAGAAGAUACAUACCAAAGAUGACAAAGCCGAAGAGCUCGGCCCCAUGGCGCGACGGCUACAGGAAGCCACUGAAGAAGCCCUUCUGACAGGCGGGCGGGCUGGUCGUCAAGCCGUCGAAGACGCCGGCUUCUCUAAAGACCUCAAAGAGAAGCUGCUAAGCAAGAUUGCCGAUGCCAAGUUCCAGAACGAAUACUCAAGCGCCUUUUCGCAGGCGGGCAUCUCGUCGACGGGCACACCCAACCCCGUUGGCUCCUUUGGCGAUGCUGCCCCAUGGACCGGACAAGAAAGCACGCCCGACGCAGUGCGGCGCAUGCUAGAAGACUCCAAGAAGCAGCUCAGCCCAGAACUCCGUCGCAAGUACCAGCCCGGGCCUAUUGACCCGCGAAUAAAGCGCACGCCUGCCGUCUCCGCCGGUCAACGCCUGUCGGCAGCACGAGACAAGGCGACAGUGUACAGCAGCAACAACAGCGGUCUAAGCGAUGCCGAAAGGGAAGAAAUGAAGCGCGAGUUCCGCGAGCGCUUCGAGCCCGCGGCCCGCGCUGUGCCCGCGACGCUGUCUGGCCUAGCAGCGCUAGCCAACGAGCGGAUUGAAAAUGCCAUUGCGCGGGGCCAGUUCAAGAAUAUCCCGCGGGGCACGGGCGUGGAGCGGGACACGCGGGCAGAUAACCCGUUUAUCGACACGACGGAGUACCUCAUGAACAAGAUGAUUAAGCAGCAGGAUCUGGUGCCGCCGUGGAUCGAGAAGCAGCAGGAUCUUGUUCGGGAGACGACGGCGUUCCGGAACCAGCUGCGGACCGCCUGGCUGCGGCAUGCGGCGCGGAUGCUGGCGGCCAAGGGCGGAUCGCUGGAGGACCAGGUUGCACGGGCGGAUGCGUAUGCUGCAGCAGAGAAGGCGCAUAGUCCGACGGCGGCAGCUACGUCGCGGCUGUUUAGGGAUCCGGCGUGGGAGGCGGCCGAGAGCAAGUAUCUGACGCUGGCGGUGGAGCGGCUCAACAGCAUGACGCGCAGCUAUAACCUGAUGGCGCCGGAGCUGGCGAAGAAGCCGUAUUAUUCGGUGGAUAGGGAGCUGCAGCGGUGCUAUGCGGCGGUGGCGCCUCUCGUUGGGCGGGAAAUUCGGGAUCGCGCGCUGAAGCUGCCGGGGUCGAACGUCAGGGGAAUGACAAAGGCUGCGGGCGUGCUGGAGAAGCUGGGAGGAGGCGGAGGAGGAGGAGAUGCGGUAGCGGUGCAUGUGGAGGGGGACGAGAAGGCGUAUGGGAUGCGGGAGUUUUGGCGAGACCUUUGGGUCAAGAAGUAGGAGCCAGAACCAGAGCUACUGGUGGUAGUGGUGGUGGUGGGUGAUACUGAUGAUGCGGCAUUGAUUCAUAGCGAUUUGUCUAUAUCAUGGGGCAUUUGUGCAUCAUUCGAGUUCAGCAUGUAUGUUAUAUUGGUGGUUUGGUGGUGUCUUUUACCUGUCCUAUUAGCGUCGAUCUUGCACACCAUACAUAGAUUUCACUUCACAUUUGUCCAUCAUGUCAUUGCUCUGUGGUCAGG